AGUGGUGUGGUAGUUGUAGAAGUAAGUAGUAGGUUGUCGUAGUAGUAGAAAAUCAGUAGCCUUAUACUCUCCAGCGGUCAUAAUCACUGAUGCUGUGUAAGGACACAUGCAGUGUCUUCAAGUGGCCACAAGAGAGAAGUAUAGAAACGUUUGAUGAAACCAUUCUGCGUAUGGCGCACAAUGGUAGUAAUAACAUCGGAAACCGUUUUAAAGUAUUGUGUCGCUAUUUUAAAGUCGACCAAGCUUAACUAUACAGUGGUUGGUCAUCAUGAUGAAAUGUCGACGGAAGAGUGGGAGCCGUUACCAUAAGCAACGCCUCGGGUGACAGGAUAGUUUAAAAGCACCUGAGUCAGGCGCACGGGGAUCAUGUGUGUCCGGUAAACCGUAACCUUCUCCGGUUACGUCAAACUCCGCCGCCUCUCCGCUCAUUACGGUUGUUUACAAAGUGGCGGAUGGCAGCCCAUAACGUCACACCUCGAACAAACUGCAGUGAUCUCUGGAUUAUCCAAACUGGAAUAUAACCUGCGUUACCAUGGAGAUGUACGAGACGCUAGGCAUCAUGGGAGAGGGGAGCUACGGCCGGGUUCUGAAGUGUCGACAGAGGGCCACGGGUCGGCUGGUGGCGGUGAAGAAGUUUAUAGACUCAGACCAUGACCCCGGUGUGAGGAGAACCGCUCAGAGAGAGAUCCACAUACUGAGGGGUCUUCGCCAUGACAACCUGGUGAUGCUAUUGGACGCCUGGCGGUAUCGGCGGCGCUGGUAUCUGGUGUUCGAGUUUGUGGAGCGGACGGUUCUGGAAGACCUGGAGCGGAACCCUGGUGGACUGGAUCCAGGGCUGGCCAAGCAGUACCUCUAUCAGAUCCUGUCUGCCCUCGCCUUCUGUCACCAGAACAACGUCAUCCACCGCGACGUCAAACCGGAGAACAUUCUGGUUUCGCCGGGGGGCGUGGCCAAGCUGUGUGACUUUGGGUUUGCCCGCCGUGUGGCCGCGGCCUCGGGGGGGAGGGGCGGGUACACGGACUAUGUAGCGACGCGCUGGUACCGCGCCCCUGAACUCCUGGUGGGAGACUCGCACUACGGAAAACCAGUAGAUGUGUGGGCAGUGGGAUGUGUGUAUGUAGAGUUGGUGACAGGACAUGCUCUGUUCCCUGGACACUCUGACCUGGACCAGCUGUACCGGCUGAUACGCUGCUUUGGAUGUUCUACAGAGCGACAGCAGCAGAUGUUCUACAGGAACCCUGCAUUCUCCGGUCUCCGGUUCCCUCGCUGUGCCGCCAGAGAGCCUCUUGAUAGCAGGGACCCCAAGAUAAAACACGCCGUACUACAGCUGUUGCAGUUGUGUCUCCAUAUGGACCCAGAACUAAGAGCCCAGAGCUCCGAUCUACUGCACAACCCGAUGUUCACCACUAGGUUUGUGGAGGAGCUCUUGUCUAGGAUCCAGAAAGAGCGGGGAGACUGCUCUGUCCUGCCCGUCAGGAACGUCUCCCGGGGGGACAGAACGGAGAGAGAGGAGGGCAGGAGGACUGGACUGCACCAGGACCUGGGAAAACGAGAGGAGGUGGAAGAAGGAGACGAGAAGAUGAGGGUCAAACUGAGAAACAGGCUGAAUCAAAAACCCAGUAGACCCAGUCUAGAAGGAGAAGGGCUACUGGCCCCACCUUCAGGACCCGAACCCACGGCACCACGGCCAGGAGAGAAGGCUGGUAAGGGACUAUCUACACCCAGAGCAGGGGGGUCCAGGAAGAAUUUGGUCCUCUCCAAGCCAGUAAAAGCUCUGGUGUCGAGGAUUUGUUCUUUACCCUCCAUCUACAAGACCAGGAGAACCUGUGUCACACAUAGGAAACAGAAUUCUACACACAACAGACGGUUGGCAAUGCCAGCCAAAGACAGUUUGGAGUACCUCGCGACAACAGGCCGUUUAAAACCUCUGAGAUCUGCAGAGGUUGAAACAAUCCAGGAGCCAGAUGUUGCUUCAUCUCUGAAGCUUUCCCAAACAUCAAGAGACAGCGAGGUAGAAGCUAUGAAGGUCGAUCUCUAUUUAAAGCCAAACAGAAAAGCUCCUACAGAUACACAGACAAGAGGACGGCCACCUUCCUCUGCUGCUUACGUUCUAACCUCUACCUCCGUUACCCCUUGCGCUACAAAGACACCCGGGGGCCAGGUGGCUCUGAAGCACUUCAUACUGGGCUCCACCUGUCCUCUAGAGACUCACACCUCCAUGGACCCUACCUCCUCAGAGAGUCCUAAGACCUCUCGCUCAUCCUCCCCGAAGGCUUCAGAAGGUCCUGAGACCUCAUCUACCCUGAAGUUUAGAGUAGGUCUAGAGACCGCAUCCUCCCUGAAGUCUCCACAAGGUCUAGAGACCGCAUCCUCCCUGAAGGCUCCAGAAGGACCUAAGACCUCAUUCUCCCUGAAGGCUCCAGAAGGACCUGACAGCUCAUUCUUCCCGAGGCUCCAGAAGAGUCCUAAGUACACAGUGCCCCUGCAGGAACCAUGA